AUGACAUCCGCCGCCGCCAAAAUCACCCUCACAUAUCCUCUCUAUGCAUGCGACUUUGACCCGCAAGAUCAAGAUCGUCUCAUAGUUGGUGGUGGUGGAGGCGCAGGGAGGAGUGGUGUCGGAAAUAAAAUUACAAUUCUUGAUACUUCAUCGCCAGAAGAACUCGAAACCAGCGCCGAGAUCGAGCUGAGCCGCGACGAGGACAAUGUGACUAGCUUAGCAGCCGGUCAGCGCAAGGGCAAGUCGACGCUCUUGUUUGCUGGUGUCAACUCGAGUCCCGAAGAGCAAAAGAAAGGAAACAACCAGCACUUUCGUAUCUUUGGCGCCGAUCUGCCCUCGUCUAAGAGCAAAACUGGCAAGAUAUCCGAGCUUUCGCGUACUGCGCUAUUCUCAGAAAAGGACGCCGAUGCAUACCAGAGGAUCACGCGUGUUUCAGCCCCCUUCCCUGGCUACAUGCAGGUCGGCGCUGCUGCAACAGGCUUAGCAAAACAGGCACAAAUAGCCCUCUUCGAUGUGGCCCCGGGCGGCACGGUUCCCAAGCCCCGCAGCAGACUGAACCUGGACAGCGAGGCCAACGAUGUGGACGUGAUACAAGUAUCGGAGGAGCAGUACAGGCUAGUCUACUGCAACGACUACGAGAUCUACAUGUUGAAUAUUUCCAAGUCCGGCGCUUCCGAUGGCGAGCCGCAGCUGAUAUUCACAACUCCACACGACACUGCGACGGGAGGGGCCCGGCCCAUCUUUCGCGCCAUGAGAUUCCUCACCCCGAACUUCUUGGUUGCGGUCUGCAACAUGCCAAAGCGGACGGGAGUUGUGCUGCAGGCAUACAGACUACCGGCCGCUCCUUCAACCGCUAGCACCGAGGCAGGGGCACCGGCGCGUGUUUCUAUACAGACGAAGCUCCCGAAGCAUGUCGCGCAGUCAACAGCGUUGGCCGCUGUGAACCUGCACCCGCCCACAGCUCCCGGCGCAAGCGCUGGCGACACGCAGUUCGUGAUUGCUGUUGCGGGAGCCGACUUCUCCAUCUCACUCUUCACACUCGAGCACGCAUCCGUAAUGGGGAUCGAGGUGCUUAGCAAGCUCUACCCGCUAACCACAGUUCGCGAUGUCCACCCGCAUGCCAUCUCUGGUCUAUCCUUCUCUCAUUUUUACCCGCCGGUGCCUCCCUCCGCCGGUCUCAUCACGUCCAGCACUUCCCCGCCAAAGUCGACCAAAUCGGCCAGGUCGGCUUCGGCUGCGACGACUCCCGCUGCGCCGAGCUCCUCUGCACGACGACCGCCUGUCGUUAAACUUGCGUCCGUCUCGGUCGCAAACACGGCUGUCGUACACACAAUCCCACUGAAGAAGCUGGCCACACCAGGGUCAGAAAAGGUAGCGACGUCGACCAAGGGCGCACGUCGCGCUUCGAACCCCAUCAAGCCAAAACAACCCCCGCGAUAUGUGGUAGCGGCAGCCUCGAAAGCACCAUCGCCCAGGACGGUGUUUACAGUCUUUGGCGUGGGCGUCCUGCUGCUCGCCAUCAUCCUGCAGAGCUUCCUCGAGAUCCGCAACUUCACGGACAAGCCCAUCCUCGGCGCCAGAAAGUAUGCCCCUGCCAGCUGGGUCCACACUCCACCGAAAUGGGGCGCUCACCUGGCGGCCGGCAAGGGGAGCAGCGAGGCUAGGCCCCUCCUGCAGAGGCUGGCCGAGGCAGACGGGCCCGUGGUGCUCCGCGAAGGCGAGGGCGAGAGCGGGAUAGAGUUUGCGCCCCACGUCGUCGUUGCGGGUGAUGCUGGCGGAUCCAACCAGGUCAACGGUGAGGCCGACGCCUCGUCCUUCAAGGAGGGCGGGUCUCCGGUCGCUUGGGAGGAGCUGCCGAUCGCUCAGCGUACCGCAUGGAAGGAGAAGCUCAAGGCGGCUGGGCACUGGGGCGAGGAGAUGGGUGAGGCCAUCUUCAAGGGGGUGCUCUUUAGCCAGCUCGGGGGUGUAGUUGGUGAUUUUGUCAGGAGGGCAUAG